AUGCUGAUGAUGGGAGUGACCGACGCUGUGAUGUGUCGGGCCUUCUAUUCCACCUUGUCAGGAAGGGCGGCCGAUUGGUUCAAGACACUAGAACCCGGCUCAAUCGCAUGUUUCGCAGAGUUAGCGAAGAAAUUUGUGCACAAGUUCGCCACAUCCAAAGAAGUGCGAAAACACUUCACGUACCUUGAGAAAGCCAAGCAGCUGGAGGGCAAAUCUCUGACCGACUUCCUGGUCAAAUGGAAAGCCGUGAUCGGCGAAGUCGAACCUCUUGACGAUCGGACAGCGAUCAACGUGCUUCACUCCAAUUUGCGAGCAGGGGCCCUAUAUCAAGAGUUCAUUCUGCAUCCCCCGACCACCUAUGAUGAAGCAAUCUGA